AUGGCUUCUCCACCAGACACAAGCAAAACCGUAAAGCUUGAACGUUACAAUAGCUACAUCAGAAAAGUUAACAGCACGAAACUCCUUAACGCAUCUUCCAAACUUCUCUUCCGUGCCACACUCUUGAUAGCUCUCGUCCUUGUUUUCUUCUUCACUUUCAAUUACCCUCCACUCUCCGACUCCACCAACCACCACUUCCACACCCAUUCCCACUUCCUCACCUCCGCAUUCGGCGGAGGCGGUGCAUGGGAACGACAAGUCCGUCACUCCGCUACACCGCGCCGUCCUAAUGGUUUCACUGUGCUUGUAACCGGUGCAGCCGGUUUCGUCGGUUCUCACUGUUCCCUCGCUCUUAAAAAACGAGGUGAUGGAGUUUUAGGUUUAGAUAAUUUCAACACCUAUUACGACCCGUCGUUGAAGCGCGCGAGACAAGCUUUAUUAACUCAGCAUCAAAUCUUCAUAGUGGAAGGUGACCUAAACGACGCGCCGUUGUUAACAAAACUCUUCGAUGUAGUUCCGAUCACUCACAUCCUUCAUCUCGCAGCACAAGCCGGAGUGCGUUACGCCAUGCAAAAUCCACAAUCCUACAUCAAAUCCAACAUUGCUGGUUUCGUCAAUCUUCUAGAAGUUUCCAAAGCAGCGAAUCCUCAACCGGCGAUCGUUUGGGCUUCAUCAAGCUCAGUUUACGGCCUCAACACCGAGAAUCCAUUCUCAGAACUUCACCGGACAGAUCAACCGGCGAGUCUCUACGCCGCAACUAAAAAAGCCGGCGAGGAAAUCGCUCAUACUUAUAAUCACAUCUACGGUCUCUCCCUCACCGGACUCCGUUUCUUCACGGUGUACGGUCCUUGGGGAAGACCAGACAUGGCGUAUUUCUUCUUCACCAAAGAUAUUCUUCAUGGAAAAACCAUCGAUGUUUACCAGACGCAGGAAGGGAAGGAAGUCGCGCGUGAUUUCACGUACAUCGACGAUAUCGUGAAAGGCUGCGUAGGAGCUUUGGACACAGCGGAGAAAAGCACCGGAAGCGGCGGAAAGAAGAAAGGACCGGCGCAAUUAAGAAUCUACAAUCUCGGGAACACAUCGCCGGUGCCAGUGGGGAAACUUGUAUCUAUUCUUGAAAACUUGCUGAGCACGAAGGCGAAGAAACACAUCCUCAAGAUGCCACGAAACGGCGACGUUCCGUACACGCACGCGAAUGUGACAUUGGCUUACAGAGAUUUCGGGUACAAACCAACAACGGAUCUCUCAACGGGUUUGAGAAAAUUCGUGAAGUGGUACGUUCGUUAUUACGGUAUUCAGUCAGGGGUAAAAAAGGAAAAUCCUCUCAGUAACGAACUACCCGAGGAUUCCGCUUGA